AUGAGUGCCGAAAAUUGGAAUGAAAUAGAACAAGUCAAAAAAGAAAGACGCCAUGAAUUAAUUUUGUCUGGUGUUUCAAUAUCAGAAAAAAUUCAAUCUUUCGGUUUAAGUGACGAGUUAUUUAAUUGUAAAACAUUAAAUUACUUGAAUAUCAAUCAGACAUGCCUUGAAUCAAUAUCUGAUGAAAUUGGAAAAUUAUCAAAUUUAACAACACUGGUAUUGCAUUCAAAUAAAUUGAAACAUCUACCUGUAACGAUUGAAAAUUUAACAAAAUUAAAAAUUCUUGACUGUUCAUUCAAUGAAUUGACAACAAUAUCUUUCGAAAUAAGUUCAUUGACAGAGUUGACAACGAUUAAUUUAAAUUCUAAUUUAUUGACUAAAGUACCGUGUCUGAGCGCGAAUGUUAAAUUAAGCUCUUUAGAUUUAUCAAAUAAUAAAUUUCAAGUAUUUCCUGAUGUUUGCUACAGUAAUUUGAAUCAUCUAGCUGAAAUUAAAAUCAGCAAAAAUAGUAUCAAUGAAAUACCAGCGGCUGUAUCUGUAUUACCAUCAUUGAAACAUCUUGAUCUUUCUGAUAAUUGUAUUAAAGGAGUACCAGGUGAACUAGCUGAUUGUCAAAAAUUGAAAGAACUCAAUUUAAAAGGUAAUAAAUUGAAUGACAAGCGCCUCGAGAAGCUGAUUGAUCAAUGUAGAACAAAACAAAUAAUCGAUUAUAUCAAUCAACAUUGCCAAAAAUUGACUAAAAAUCAAGGAUCAAGUGCGAAAGAUAAUACAAAUAAGAAUAAGAAAAAUAAUAAAAAUAUUGAUGAUAAUGCAAUUGAUAGUAUAACACAUAAAUUGAAAAUAAUUCACGUUAAUAACGAUAAUCCCGUUAUUAAAAUAACUGAACACAUUAAACAAGUGCGUCCUUACAUUGUUGGCUGUAUUGUCAGGAACAUUUCAUUCAAUGAAGAAAAUUUCAAGAAGUUUAUACAGCUGCAAACUAAAUUACAUGACGGUAUUUGUGAAAAAAGAAAUGCUGCCACUAUUGCUACACAUGAUUAUGAUUUAAUUGCCUCAGGUGACAUAACAUUUACGGCAAAAGUUCCCACUGAAAUUGAAAUAAAACCAUUGGGCCGUGCCAAAAUGUUUACAGCAGCAGAAUUAUUCAAACGUCUUCAAGUAGAAGCUGAUAAUUUGCGACGUGAAAAAAAACGAAACGUUUAUUCUGGAAUUUACAAAUAUCUCUAUUUAAUUGAAGGAAAACCGUUAUUUCCGUGUGUAAUUGAUUCAAAUAAUCAAGUAAUAUCAUUUCCACCAAUCACUAACAGCGAUAUUACAAAAAUGAGUGUUAACACUAAGAACAUGUUUAUUGAAGUAACUGGUCUCUCCCGACAAGUUUGCAGGGAUGUGAUGGAUGAGUUAUUAAAAGAAUUAAUUACCCAAGGAUUAUGCACAUCAACGGAAAAUUCAAAUCAAAGUGGUCAUAAUUUAGAAGUGGAACAAGUCAAAGUCGUUGAUAUGGAGGGAAAUUUGAAACAUAUUUAUCCGUCAAGAGUUGAUUUAAAUUUUGAUGAUAAAAUAAAAGUUAUAAGAGAUUAA